AUGGACGUGGACGAUACCUGCGAGGGUUUAUUUGAUUUGGGGAGCCUGUGGGACACUACAAUUGACGACAUUACUCUUUCAGAAGCAACUGAGGACACUACAAUUGACGACAUUACUCUUUCAGAAGCAACUGAGCAGAUAGAGAAGGAGAUUGAGUGCGAAAAUUUUCUAGAGAACAUCACAUUAUCUAAGGCAAUCACCUUGUACAAUCCCGCACCCGAUGACAUGGAAUUGGACUACGCAUUUGAUUUUGACCUGCUCGCAAAAAAGGAGGGAGGAUCGAAGAUGUCGGUGGGUCGUUAUGGUCAUUUUGUAAAUGACAGUGAUUUAAAAGAGUUGUUUAAUUCAACAGAGAGCAAGAACACCCGCAAGAACACAAAUUGGUCGGUAACUACUUUUAACGACUGGCGCUCCGCUCGGAAUUUGACAACAGGCGACCAGAUUCCGGAUAUUCUGUCGUUCUCUGCAGAGGAACUUAAUUUUUGGUUGUCAAGAUUUGUUGUUGAAACGCGACGCAAAGAUGGCAAGGCGUACCCACCUAAAACACUUUACAUGCUGUGUACUGGACUUUUAAGACAUUUGCGAGAAAUAUAA